UAUGCCUGGAAAGCAAAAGUGAGGGGUAGUGGUAGAAGGAUAAGGUGACUAUAAACCGUGGAAACGGUGGUGUAGUGUGUGAGUGUCAUUGUGAAGUUGGAAACAAUGCUAGCUUCUUCGCUCUCCUUCCUCCAUUCUUGCACAUCCCCCUCUUCCUCUUCCUUAUUGUCAAUUUCACCUCCAAACCCCAAACCCUCUCACUUCCUACCUUUCGUGGUCGAAGCCAAAGACAGGACCCGCAGGGAAGACAGGACCGCUCGCCACACUCGCAUCAGAAAGAAGGUCGAAGGGACGCCCGAGAGGCCGAGGCUGUCCGUGUUCCGGUCGAACAAGCAUCUCUCUGUGCAGGUGAUUGAUGACACCGCAAUGCGCACGCUUGCUUCGGUGUCGACAAUGCAGAAGACGGUUGCUGAUGAGUUCAACUACUCCGCUGGCCCUACAGUUGAAGUAGCAAAGAGGAUGGGUGAGAUCAUUGCAAAAUCCUGUUUGGAGAAGGGGAUCACAAAGGUUGCCUUUGAUCGAGGUGGAUACCCAUACCAUGGCCGUGUUCAAGCACUUGCUGAAGCAGCCCGUGAACAUGGCCUAGAUUUCUAAACUAAGUAGUCUCUUUCCUUUUUAUUCCAUGUUUAAAUUUGUAAUGUGAGGCUUCAACAAUUUUUUAUAAUGGCAUUUCCUUAUUUCCAGUGACUGUUAUGAUCCAAUGGCUCCUAUUCAUCUAUCAAUUUGUUUUUAGCAGAAGACUGUUUUCCUCCACUCAUCCUAAAAAUGUAAGCUGUGAUUACAUUGUGUUCGACUCUUACAAUCAAUUAAGUGUUAGAUGAACACGUGACCUUUAGAAGA